AGAAAGAAAGAAAGAUUCUCCGGUUCAGGCUGCUUCAGCGCUGCUGUCUUUGCUGUCGGUAACCGGGACGGGCUGACUCACCGAAAGCACGUCGGGAUAUUAUUGUUGUUAAUAUGGAGGAAUCCCGUUCAAUGUCAGCGGUGACGCGCUGAGUGCACACGCUGCGAGAAUAAAAUGGACAAUAAGCGUUUGGAGGAGCAUUUUGUUCCCAAUUAAUUCAUGAUUCCGGUGCGGGACGAAGGAGAAGACGAGGAGCGAAAUCUGCCUUGCCAAGAAGAAGAAGAAGAAGAAGAAGAGGAGGAGGAGGAGGCAGAGGAGGAAGAAGGGGAGGAGGGGGGAAACAGUGGAGUUUGAUGGAGUUGUGUGCGCUUAUGCCGCCGAUUUUUAUCCAUAACGCACAAGACUAGCGGAACGACGCGCCGUCAUCAUGUUUGACUGCAUGGACGUGCUGGCCGUGAGUCCCGGGCAGAUGCUGGAUUUCUACACGUCCAGCCCGUCCUCGUGCAUGCUGCAGGAGAAGGCUCUGAAAGCCUGCAUCAGCGGACUGGCGCACAGAGAGUGGCAGCACCGGCGGAGCGCACACUCCAUUGAAACACAGAGCACCAGUUCUGAGGAGCUCGUCCCCAGCCCACCGUCCCCGCCGCCCCCUCCGAGAGUCUACAAGCCCUGCUUCGUCUGCCAGGACAAGUCCUCCGGAUACCACUAUGGCGUCAGUGCUUGUGAAGGCUGCAAGGGUUUUUUCCGCAGAAGCAUCCAGAAGAACAUGGUGUACACGUGUCAUCGGGACAAGAACUGCAUUAUCAACAAGGUGACGAGGAACCGCUGUCAGUACUGCCGCCUGCAGAAGUGCUUCGGAGUGGGAAUGUCCAAAGAGUCUGUUCGGAAUGACCGGAAUAAGAAGAAGAAGGAGAGCCCAAAGCUGGAGCUGGCAGAGAGCUACGAGCUGACAGCCGAGCUGGAGACCAUCAUUGAAAAGAUUCGUAAGGCCCAUCAAGAAACCUUCCCCUCCCUCUGCCAGCUUGGCAAAUACACCACGAACUCGAGUGCAGACCACCGCGUGAGGCUGGACCUGGGCCUGUGGGACAAGUUCAGUGAGCUGGCCACUAAGUGCAUUAUCAAGAUCGUGGAAUUUGCCAAACGAGUGCCUGGCUUCACGGCGCUGACCAUCGCGGACCAGAUCACGCUCCUGAAAGCUGCCUGCCUGGACAUUCUGAUCCUGCGCAUCUGUACGAGAUACACCCCAGACCAGGACACCAUGACCUUCUCCGACGGGCUCACCCUCAACCGAACGCAGAUGCACAACGCUGGCUUCGGCCCGCUCACCGACUUGGUGUUCACGUUUGCCAACCAGCUGCUGCCCAUAGAGAUGGACGACACAGAGACAGGCCUCCUCAGCGCCAUCUGUCUCAUCUCUGGAGACCGUCAGGACCUGGAGGAGCCCUCGAAGGUGGACCAGCUCCAGGAGCCCCUCCUGGAGGCUCUGAAGAUCUACGUGAGGAAGCGUCGGCCCAGCAAACCCCACAUGUUCCCCAAAACCCUGAUGAAGAUCACAGACCUGCGCAGCAUCAGCGCUAAAGGAGCUGAGCGGGUCAUUUCUUUAAAGAUGGAGAUCCCUGGUUCCAUGCCCCCACUCAUCCAGGAGAUGCUGGAAAACUCGGAGGGGCAAGACGGUCAGAGCAGCAGCAGCAGCAGCAGCAGUGGUAGCAGCAGCAACGGCAGUGGUAGCCGCAGCAGCAGCAGCAGCAGCAGCAGCACCAGCAGCAGCAGCAGCAGCAGCAGCACUUCAGCGGAGGCGGCGGCCAGUCCCAGCAGUAAGGACAGCAGCGCCGAGGACGUCCCUGCUGCUGAGUCACCAGAGUCGCCCGAUGACACAGAGGGGGCUACAGCCACACCUCCCAGCGAUGAGCCCUAGGAGGUACCCACGGGUGACUCCAAAACUCUCUCUGACAUUCCUUUGCACAAAAAAAAAAAAAAAAAAGGAACAGCCGGGCAAGGCUCCGAACCUCCUAUAAUCCCCUUGACCUUUCUUCUUUGCUUGGUAUUACGUUAUCUUUAUAUCCUAUUUUUCUCCCCAAAUAUUUCCUCCUUGAAAAGAAAAUGUUGACACGGAGGCGUCAGAGGAUCAGUGCUUUGUGUAUAAUUCUGAAUUAAUCUCUUAUUUGGUGUGGCGUCUCUGGGACCGGGACAGUGACAGGAGGGCAUGGCCCCCCCGAAAUCCGCCAGAGUUGAUACUCCUCAGGUCUCCUGUGUAAAUUCUUAUCUGCAUGACGGGAGUGAUAAGUGGUUUUACUCCUCUCUCUCUCUCUCUCUCUCUCUCUAUCUCUCUCUCUCUCUGUCCUCAUCUCUUCAUCUCUCGUAUUGUUGGCAUACAUACACUGUACAUACCAUUGUAUGGUUAGAUCUCUGUUUCUAUGAUGAAUUUUGUGGUGCUUUUUUCAUUGUCUUAAAUAUUCUCUUUGAGGCGAUACGUUAAGGUUUAAAGCGGGACUAAUUGUAAGUCCCUCGAAAAGUUAUCUAGAAUGUUAUUGCAUAUAGACAUUAUGGAAGUCUAAUAUUUUAUAUUUGUUCCUAUAUUUAAAACUGUUUUUUGUCUUUUAUAACACUUCAUGUCUCUACAUGAGUGAGUGUACAUCCACACCGCCAGAAUGCAAAGCUUCUCUCCAUAUCGACAGCUGAGUCUGUUCAACUGUUUCCUCAAAGGAGGGAAGCACAACAGCAGAAGCCUUUGAUACACACCCAUCAGACCGACCGCGUCUGUUUAACUCGCAGUCUCGACGCGAACCGCCGAGACCCGUCGCACAAGAUUAGAUUUAGAAUAAGUCCGUCUAUGAGAUCAACUCAUUUAGUGUCUGUAUCCCCUCACUAAAUCAGUUUACCUCACUGUCUAAACAAAUCUGUUCAAUUAGGUUGCUGAAAGAUGCCGGAGAUAUUUCCGCAGCAGGCUGUGAUCACAGAGGACGUUUCUUUCUGUUACACUUUAACCGUGAUUCAACUCAUACGAUGACGCACUUUAUUAUCAUCAUCUGGGCGGAUUACGAGUCUGAAAAAGCGGAUGUUGGGCCACAAUUUGUUGACCCACAAGCUAAGACAUCUUGAGUAUUAGGCGUCCACAUGUGCAUUGUGGAAUAAGGCUGGCUUCUCAACGGUCUACUUACUAUUUAUGAACCCCAUUUCCACCAAAAUGAUUGAGUUGUUCUUUUUUUGACUUAAAAGUCUGCAGGGCGGCAAGACAUGAUGUAAAAAAAGAAUGCAGAAUCUUAGAUGGAGGUCGAGGCGACAGAGUCCGACACUAUGAUGACAUAUCUUUUUUUUUUUUAGCCUUUAAAGGCAGGGUUAAUUGUCGAAAACUAGCAUGAUUUUGAAAGUAGCAUUCCCUCAGUGCCCCGUCUGCACCCAACCCCGCCCCUCUGUGCUCCCUCUAAAGCCACGCCCCCUCACUUACAUACACAAGCGCCGCUAGUCCAGAUCCGGACCUCAGCUCAUGCUUUGAGUGUGGGCUCGUGCACGCAAGGGGUAGAGAGCGAGCAGGGAGACAGGGAGGCGUGUGAUUGGUUCAUCAGAUUGGUACCUCGUGGCAGACAUUGGUUGAAGUUUUUACAGCCUUACAACUGAUACAGAUGACAGAUUCUCUUUGUUCCUUUUUCAGAGAACAUGAGUUAUUCAUUUCUGUCAGGACCUAAAGACAAUUUCAACCAAAAUCUUAAAAAGUACAAAUUACCAACCCUGCCUUUAAGCAUUAACAACACCAACCAAACUGACCUGCUGUAAUACUUUUAAAAAACGUCAAAAAUGAUGGCUAUACAGUCAAAGUGUAGGUGUUAAACGGAGCCUGUUUCUGUUUCGACUAGCUAACAUGUAACCCUUAAUGCUAAACAGAAGGCAAUGAUAGCCUAGCUUUAGCCUUUCCUAAAACCCUGAAUCCAGGUCAGGUUUUGUCUUUGCAGAUGGGAAUCUAAAAGAAAUCCCAAUCUAUAACCCCCUUUCACAACAUUUUACU